CAAACCGCCCCGCGAUAUCCACCUUAACCUGCAGCGCCACUUUCACGUGUACUUGGAAGCAUAGCUUCAGCCACACAUUGACAUUCCAAGAUGCCAUCCAACAUCAACUUCUCUCCCAACGCCCUCCCUCCGAUAACCUCCGGCACCGGUCUGUGCUCUCAAGCCCUACACCAGAAUUUCACAAUUACCAACCCUCUUGGCUCGUCCCUCUCGCCUCUCAAAUCCCUCACUCCCAGCGACCUCAAACCCCUAAUCGAAAGCGAGGCUGAGCAGCUAGGCAAGCAAUCCGGAUUCGGGAAGCCCUCGGGACAUACUGGAAAGAGGUCUUUGCACUCUGAGUCGCCGCCGCAAAGGAGCAGCAAGAGGAUAAAUCGCGGCGUGCUCAGCAUGCAGCACCAGAACAAUCCGGGGCCGCCUCCCGACCCCUCGCGGUUCGCCAACGAGGACUUCGACUUCAGCAGCCGAGGAACAUGGAAUGACGACAAGGAGAGGAUCGUAAGGGGUCCCUUUGACUAUGUCGUCAGCCAUCCGGGUAAAGAUUUCCGUGCCCAGCUCAUCUCCUCCUUCAACGCCUUCCUUGAUGUGCCCACCGCGAGCCUCGCAAUCAUCACCAAGGUCGUGGGCAUGCUUCACGAGUCCUCCCUCCUCGUUGACGACGUCCAAGAUUCAUCCGAGCUUCGCCGCGGCUUCCCCGUCGCCCACAACAUCUUCGGCGUGGCCCAAACCAUCAACUCAGCCAACUACGUAUACUUUGCUGCCUUGCAGGAGCUCGUCAAGCUCGGCAACCAGAAUGUCAUUCCACUAUUUGCCGAGGAGCUCAUCAACCUACACCGCGGCCAAGGCAUGGACCUAUUCUGGAGAGAUACUCUGACCUGCCCCACGGAAGAUGACUACCUCGAGAUGGUGGGGAAUAAGACGGGUGGCCUGUUCCGCCUCGGCGUCAAGCUGAUGCAGGCGGAAUCGAGCACCAACGUCGACCUAGUGCCUCUCAUCAACCUCGUCGGCCUCAUCUUCCAGAUCCGCGAUGAUUACAUGAAUCUUUCUUCAAGCGAGUACAGUCACAACAAGGGCAUGUGUGAGGAUCUGACGGAAGGCAAAUUCUCUUUCCCCGUCAUUCACAGCAUCCGCGCCGAUCCCGUAGAUCUUCAGUUGAUCAGCAUACUGAAACAAAAGACUACGGAUGAGCAGGUUAAACGCUAUGCCGUCUCCUACAUGGAGUCCAAGGGCAGUUUUGACUAUACUCGUAAAGUGGUUGAGACUCUCAUCGAGAGGGCGCGCAAGCUAGUCGAAGAACUAGACGGCGGGUCUGGAAAGGCCGCUGGCAUCCACAAGAUUUUGGAUAAAAUGGUCAUAUCGUCAUGAAAAACCGAGAUGACUUGAUCAUUUUAUUUUUUAGAUGAGUGACAGAGCCAAGGGAGGGCUAACGAUAUGAAUGAAUCCAGCAAUAGCCACUCAUACGCAUCUGUACCAAAGCGAAACGAACUGACUUUUCUUACGACUUUUUGUUUAUUUUAGUUGGCGUUGUGUUUUUUUCUUUCUCUAUAGUAUCAAUCAGAAACUGCGCAUGCAGUUAGCGGUAACAUUAGACUGUGAGACAAGUCAUCGCAUAUGCAGCAAAUGCCUACAUGUAUACUGUUAUAAGAUGUCGCUUCUUGUCCAUCUCGUGCAAAUUGUAUGGUAUAUGAGAGUGAAGAUGCUGUUCUAUCAAUUGUCUUUGCCCCACAGGAAGGCAAAAGCUCAACUUUCAGACACAUUAGUAGUCUCAUGAACCCAGCAUAGAUUGUCUGAAAAGAGGGGUGGUUUCUAGUUAGCAGAGACAGUUGUUCUCUAAUCCAUUGUAGGCAAUGAUGGAUAUC